GGUCUUUCUACCUUUGGUAGAAGCAGUGGCAGCUGACUGAGGGAAAAUGAUCGACUACGAGCGACCCUCUCUAUUAAGCUGUGGAGCAGGAGGGAGGGGUGUACUGGUACCCCAGCUCUCGGCGCACACACAAACAACUAUGCCUCAGAGAUACUCCCAUCAGAGGAGGAAAGCCAGCACAGCUGCUGCUCGAAGGAUGGAGAGAAGACGCAGGGACCAGCAGAAGACCAACAAUAACCCAAACAACAGCCCUAACCAGCGCUCCAAGAAGCUCACCAUGCUCUCCAGGUCCUUAAUUCUAUGUCACUCUAAGACAAACGAUGACUGCCCUGGGUCAGAAGCGAGGGAGGCUGGGGAUGUGUCAGAGGAGAGGAGAAAAUGGAAUUUAGGCUGGAGGACAGACAUGUCCCCUGAGGAUCAAACCGGACACAGAAAUGCAGAAAUCGGACACUGGAGGACUUGGCAAUCAACCCCGCAGACUAGAGGGACAGAGGCAACCAAACAGCUGCAUCAGACCACAACCUUCAGUGAAAAUAAAACAAGACUGCGGAGAACUUUCAGCAUCAAGGAGAGUAGUAUUUGGAGGAUGUGUGUAACCAUAAGGCCGACUGAGGAGGUGUGUGUACCGCAAAUGUCGGAUAACGCCGUCCAGACAGAAGACAAAAAAACUCACGAGGAGCCAAGGAUGAGUGGCGGGGAUGUUUACAGAGGUUCCAACUUCCUGAGUCCAGACAAACUGGCACCUUUUAACGGACAGUGUCUUACCAGCAGUGCAUGGAUGGAAGUGGAGGGAUUGAGGAGCGUAUACACAUCUUGUAGCGAGACAAUUUCACAGUGUGAAGACUCUCUUCAUUCACAAGCUCUGAGCACAAGCCUGCAGCAUUCAUCCCUUAUUUCCCCGUCAGAUCAACUGUCUUUGUCUGCAUAUAUAGAAGAAGAACUUGCAGCCAACAACAACCACCUCAAGUUGCCCAUUCCAGAGGUAAACGAAGAGACUUGUUGGGAGACAGAAACAUGCCAGCAGUAUCCAGCAGGACAGAUGAGCAGCAAUAAGACACACUCCAAUUCGAACAGUGUUCGUCCUUACUGGAUCGGGGACCUGAACAGCAUCAUCAUGAAGAGCCCUGCGAUGUAUGCCAAUGAGCCUAACAGGAGUGGUCGUUUCUAUGGGAACAGAAAGUCCCAAUCCCAACAACUUGAUUUUGCACAAAGUUCACUUCAGCAUAGCCGCCCAUCACGUGCUCUCAGCUCUGCGCAGCUGGUCCAUUCCUGCAGUAACACUCAGGCCUUUAUGAUCUGUAACAUUGUGUUGAUGAAGGGCCAUGGCAAGGGUCUGGGUUUCAGCAUCGUCGGCGGGAGGGACAGCAUGUAUGGACCAAUGGGGAUUUAUGUAAAGACCAUUUUCCCUGGUGGGGCAGCGGCAGCUGAUGCACGGCUACAAGAGGGGGAUGAGAUACUGGAGCUCAAUGGGGAGUCACUGCAUGAUUUGAGUCACAAUGAAGCUCUCCACAAGUUCAAACAAAUCAAAAAGGGUGUAUUGAGUCUGGUGGUGAGGACUAGCCUGCGGGUGGGGGCUUUGUGUGGCCAGGCCCAGGUAACUCAGCUGUGCAGAUCACGCUCACUCAGCUCCACCACAGGCAUGGAUGGGAUCAGUGCCGACAUGAGGGACUACGACUACUUGACUAAAACUUGCGACAACUCUAGAAUGAGUGUUGCUGGGCAGCCUGCUAAACCCAGAGACCGCAUCAUGAUGGACAUCAUCCUGCACAAAGAGGCCGGUGUUGGUCUGGGUAUUGGACUGUGCUGCGUUCCGUCCACUGAUGCGUGUCCUGGAAUUUUCAUCCACACCCUCUCUCCUGGAUCUGUGGCACACAUUGAUGGCAGACUCCGGUGUGGGGAUGAGAUCAUGGAGCUCAAUGACACUGCGGUUUACAACAUGGCACUAAAUGAUGUCUACACAGUCCUGAGUCAAUGCAGUCCAGGUCCAGUCCAUGUUAUUAUCAGUCGACACCCAGACCCCAAAGUGUCAGAACAUCAGCUGAACGAUGCUAUAGCUCAAGCGGUGGAAAACAGCAAACUGAAAAAGGACAAGAGCCAAUGGAGUAUCGAUGGUCUGCGAAGGAUGGAGUCAUGUUCUCACAGCCAGCCAAGAUGCGAGCGUUGUUUGGAAAGAAGCUUUGGUCAGAUCACUGUCCGUCGGGCUCAAAAGUUCAUGACACGCUCCUGCAGUGAUAACACCAACAGCAACUUUCACAACCGCUGUCUCACCACCCGCAACCCCCAUAACACACAUCAUAACCCACCAGCCCGCAUCCAUACCCUGGACACACCCAACUCCAUCAUUACAGAGACACGGUCUGACAACAGACGGUCCGUGCCGGUGUAUCCCGAUGAGGACUACAGUGUUCCUUUUAACUGUCCUGUUGUCAGCCUGUCGAGUCAGCAGACCCUGGAUGAAGCCUUCAGGGACAAUAUGGAAGGAGAACAAAUGAGAAGAACAUCAGAAAGCAGCAAAGAGAACGUCACUUUUGAGGACAAACUCCGCACAGGUGGAUCCGACAGAAAAGCUCUUAGGAGGCAGAAACGCAUUGAACAACAGCUUCAGGAUCCCUGGGUUCGCCUUUCAGACACUUCCCCUGAAGAUCUGCAAGAAGUCAACCACAACCGUCAGCUUCUUCACCACGCUGUAGACGGCACAAAGUCUGUCAAUGUCCACAUCGCACCUGUCAUCAUGAGCACUGAAGAACACACCACAGACCUAACUGCUGAGAAAAAAAUGGAGAUCCUCAGUGCUUUAAGGAUGGGGCCUCCUGUGGCACCAAAACCUGCUUGGUUUCGGCAAAGCCUGAGAAAGAUUCGCCAUGAGCAGGACCGGAAGAAGCAAGAUGAACCUGUCAAGACGAGGCAAGCUGGAGGAUUCUAUAGAAGUUUUAAUGUCAGAUCAGCGUCAUUUGUGGCCAACCGGUCUAUCAAAGACAAGAUCCAUUCAUUUGAAAGCUUCUCCAACAGUACAGACAAAGAGGGAAAAAAGAGGCAUGUGGUUUCGUCCAACUCCCUUCAACUCAUGGAUCAAGAGUGGGACAGAAAGUAUGGAAAAAACAAAAAUGACAAUGCAGACAAAAUGCUUAAGCGAUCUGUGUCUGAAAAGGGAAUAGAAAGUGCACAGACGUCUGCGCCACCUUCUGCUAGUCUUGAAAGUAGUGGGAAAAAAAAUGUUUCUAAUACAGAGCCUCAAUCCAGCCAGUCCUUUGCAGACUCCCCGUCUUGUCAGACUAGUACAGAUAAAAAACAUGGGGUGAAAUGUUCAGAUUCAGUUUCAGCGCAGCACACCUUGACCGUCCAAACAUCCAGAGAACUAGAAGGUGCAAAAGUAGAACCAAAUUUACUCAGUGGGUUUGCGGAGGAAAAAGCCUUCUCCACUGCAAGCCUCACCUCUGUGGGAUCCAGCCAUGCUGAAGGGAGAAGUUCUCCAGAAAGAACAGAACAGAAUGCAGCAGAAAACCAAAGAAAACUUGACCUGAACUUGACCAAUCUACCGACAGACAGUACCUUGUAUCAAGACCUAGGGGGAGAAAAUUUUAGUAAAAUCCUUGCCUUUAGUAAUCAGGUAUCGCAAGCGCUGAUGCGCACCCUACCAAUUUCCACUGACCAUGGAAACACCAAUCCAGAUCUCCCAGGAUCCACUGUCGCCGAUAUUAUGGACUCUCUACCGUGUGAUGCUGUUUCAGAUGUCACUGACCCAGGGUUUUCUGUUAGCUUGGCCACAAUCAGAGAAUGUAGCAUUGAGUUUGGACAAACAGGGUCCCAAGAAGUUGCGUUUUCUUCUUCUGCUGGUGCUCAGUCAGUCAUCUCGGUCAUCCCAUCACAGGAAAUACAGAUGAUGAUCAGAGAAGUUAGAGCUCUCGACCACAACACACUAAAGCAACUGCAAGACAUCCACGUUGUGAUUCUGCAUAAAGAAGAAGGAGCCGGGCUGGGCUUUAGCAUUGCUGGAGGCUCUGACCUAGAGAGCAAAGCUCUCAGAGUGCACAAAGUGUUCACAGGCGGACUGGCCACACAGCAGGGCACCAUCCACAAAGGAGACGAGGUGUUGUCCAUAAACGGCCAGGCGUUGCGUGGCGUUACGCACGCUGCUGCUACUGCAGCUCUGCGUCAGGCACGCACGCUCAAGCUUGCCGUGGUGGUGGUUCGCAAGAGAACAGAAGAGGAAGGCAGAAGCUGUGAUGAGUCCAACCCUGCAAAGAAGGACAAAGGCACAAUACAAAGUGUGGAGCUGGAGAAAGGAGCAGGUGGAGUUGGCUUUACCUUGGAAGGAGGAAAGGCUUCAAUCCAUGGAGAUAGACCAUUAGUCAUCAACAGGAUCUUUACAGGUGGAGCAGCAGAGCAAAGUGGUCUUCAGUGUGGAGAUGAAGUGUUGCAAGUCCUGGGUACCAGUCUUCAUGAUAUGACUCGCUUUGAGGCUUGGAACGUGAUCAAGGCUUUACCUGAAGGCCCCAUUACAGUACACAUCGGGAGGAAUGAAGAUGCCAAAAGCACGAAACACGACUUUGUUGCACCUUUGUCAACAGACUAGGUAUCAUAUCCAUUUAUCAUCUUGGGGCGGCAGCGACUCUGGAAGGUCUUCCGGUCACUGGAGAGUUGGUGAUUGGCGAAGCCAGCACUGGUGUUUAAGUCUUAAAUACUUGUUUGCCGUAUGAAUGUGAACAAGUGGUUGGCAUUAGAGAUGUCCGAUAAUAUCGGACUGCCAAUAUUAUCGGCCGAUAAAUGCUUUAAAAUGUAAUAUCGGAAAUUAUCGUAUCGGUUUCAAAAAGUAAAAUGUAUGACUUUUUAAAACGCCGCUGUGUACACCGAUGUAGGAAGAAGUACAGAGCGCCAAUAAACCCUAAAGGCACUGCUUUUGUGUGCCGUCCCAGUUACUUAAUAUCUACGGCUUUUCACACACACAAGUGAAUGCAAGGCAUACAGGUCACACUGAGGGUGACCGUAUAAACAACGUUAACACUGUUACAAAUAUGCGCCACACUGUGAACCCACACCAAACAAGAAUGACAAACACAUUUCAGGAGAACAUCCACACCGUAACACAACAGAACAAAUACCCAGAACCCCUUGCAGCACUAACUCUUCCGGGACACUACAAUAUACAUCCCCGCUACGUCCACCUCAACCCCCCCAACCCCACCCACCUCAACCUCCUCAUGCUCUCUCAGGGAGAGCAUGUCCCAAAUUCCAAACUGCUGUUUUGAGGCAUGUUAAAAAACAACAACUUUGUGACUUCAAUAAUAAACAUGGCAGUGCCAUGUUGGCCUUUUUUUCCAUAACGAGUUGAUUUAUUUUGGAAAACCUUGUUACAUUGUUUAAUGCACCCAGCGGGGCAUCACAACAAAAUUAGGCACAAUAAUGUGUUAAUUCCACGACUGUAUAUAUCGGUAUCGGUUGAUUUCGGAAUCGGUAAUUAAAAGUUGGACAAUAUCGGAAUAUCGGAUAUCGGCAAAAAAGCCGUUAUCGGACAUCUCUAGUUGGCAUAUGAUUAGACGUAAUUGGUGUACAAAUGUGAAUGAAUGUUUGAUGGUGGUUGGAGCCCAUUGGUUCAAGUUGCCAGCCAGACUAAUCCAGAACUGCUUUGGCCACAAAUAUAAAAUAUCAUCAGCGGUGUGUGAAUGUAGAUUGAACAAGUAAUAGUUUCAGUGAAAAGUGAUUUGGGUGUCUGGCAAUGCGUUUUAUAAAUCUGAUCAUUUAUUAAUGGGCAAUGUGUAACAUAGCGACAGUUCGGUUUGUUUCUCGGUUUUAAGGUCACAUUUUCGUUCAUUUUGCUUACAAUAAAGAAACAAAAAGCAAAAUGACUCAGCUUUUAAGAGG